GUCAUUUUCUGUGAUCACUUUGCAGGUGAGGAGUUCUUCAAAUCAAAGGGAGACACGACGUCUGACUCAACCCCGAGACCUCCUCAGAAGUUGAUGCUGCAUUAAGGUGGAGUUGUUCGGAAGAGGACGGGAAGAGAGAUGAGGAAAAAACAAGAGGAGCAGGAGAACGGAAGAGGAGAGACGGAUUCUCUGACAUGAGCCCGGAUUGACCAAGGUUUUUCUAUUUAAGUCUUGAAUCCUGUUUUUGAUCCUUAAAGUAAGAUUUGAACAUUCUUUCGUGCACAUGUGGAGUGUAAAGGUUUUCAAACAGGUAGACGGCGGGGUGCACCGCUUCUUUUAUUUCACUGGAACUUCAAUUUUGGCAAACUUUCUAUUUGGAUCUUUAAAGAAGUUGUUUAUUUUAUUGCAUUUUUUCCCUUGUUAUUAUCAUUGAACUGGCUGGAAAUACACGAGGCAUUCUGGAGCAGCCGAGAAUAAUCCUCACAACACUGCAAACAAUCUAAAAGGGGACUUGAAAAACACAGGAAAAAGGACACAGAAAAGCUUAUUGAACUUCAUGCAAAGUUAUUGUGAUUUUAAUGUUGGACUGAAGACUUUCUGAUAAUCAACCUGAAACGUUUCACCCUGCUGGAGAAGAGAACGGAAGCUGAAAGGUUGAGCUCUGCACUCACAGACUUGUUGAAGAUAUUUGGCAGAUAAUUCAGAGGGGAAAUCUUUGAAUUUCAUGCAGGUGCUGAAUAAUUUGAACUCUGCAGGGGGACCAUCUCACGCAGUCUAGACUGUGGCGGGCUCCCCUCCCUGCCCUCCCAGUCUAUCCUCGCCCCCAGCAGCAUGUCCCAGGCUCUGAAGCUGCCUCUAGUCUUCCUCACAGCACACUACCAUGAUCAGAUGGGCUGCUGGAGGGAGUAAGGCUGCCUUUGCCUCGUUCUGCUCCAGGGCCAGGUUAGGGGGUCGCUCCGGCUCUGAGGCCGGGCCGAGACCAAAGUCACCGACACUGCUUUCCUCCCUGUCUCUCCCCGCGCUGGUCACCCUGGUGGUUUUCUUGCUGUACUUACCUGAGGCUGCAUGCCAUCAGCCCCGCAAAGGGAGACUGAGGAUCCCCAGUUUGCAAACUCUCAGAGCUCCGCAGAACAUUUCAGAAUCUGGCUCGAUCUCCAGACCCAGGGCCACCGGGAUGCCCCUGGGUCGGACCGGGGGUCCCCAGGGCAGACGUGUGCGCAGCUACAAUCAUCUGCAGGGGGACAUACGGAGGAGGAAACUGUUCUCUUUCCAGAAGUUUUUCUUGAGAAUCGAUAAGAAUGGAAAAGUCAAUGGAACCAAGGGAAAAGAUGACCCCCUCAGUAUCCUGGAAAUCACGUCAGUGGAAGUGGGAGUCGUGGCCAUCAAAGGGCUGAACAGCAACUACUAUCUGGCUAUCAGCAAGAAAGGGGAGCUGUACGGAGCGAGAGAGUUUGGCAUCGACUGCAAGCUGAAGGAAAGGAUCGAGGAGAACGGGUACAACACAUACGCAUCAGCCGAGUGGAAGAACAAGAAUAGGCAGAUGUUUGUGGGCCUAAACGUCCACGGGAGGCCGAUGAGAGGAAAGAAAACCCGCAGGAAGAACACAGCCACCCACUUCCUUCCAAUUAUGGUGUGACCUGGAGUGCCCACCUGGAGUGGGAGUAGCUAUGCAGAGCACUGGAGAGAGAGAGGCUUUCGAUACCGAACAGCCAUGAAAGAAAGACAUGCAUUGAGGGAUCUCUCAAUUUUGGAUAGAAAAAAAAGGCACUAACACUGUCACACAGACACUGGGUCUCUGCUCUUGAUUUUCUGAUUUUAAUUGACGCUAUGCAUUUCAUUGAGUGGGACAAGGUGACCUGUUUUUUCUUUGAGUGACACCGAAAGCUUAUCCAAUUUUUUUUUUUUUUUUUGUGCCAAACAGUUUGCAGCUGGGAUAGAAAGGAAUAAAAAAGAUGGGGAAAUAUUAUUCCGGCUAAUAAACUGUAGACGUAUCUAAAGGUGUUAUUUAUAAUCCAAAUUCUCCAUUGAGACACAUAAAAGGGGAGAGAUCGUAAACAUGGCUAAGGUGAAGGAAAUGAGCGGUCAGAUUGUCGUGGCAGCAUUGAAUAUUAAAGGAUUCAACACAUUUAACAAAAAUGCUUGAUACCUAACCACUGUGUUUUGACUGAAUUGUUAUGAUUUAUUUAUUUUGUGAGAUAUUUAACUGUGAGGAACACCAGCAUUCCUUUGCAUUCUACUUUUUUUAU